AUGACUGGGAAGGCAAUGGCUCCAAUGGGAAGCCAUUCCGCCGAUCUUGAUUAUGAAAUGGAUGCAAGUGACGAGCCCGCACCUUUUCUGAUGCCAACGGCCGCCGAAGUUGUCGAGCUGCGGCAAGCCCGUUACGAAGAGGCCGACGUCCAAAUCGAGACCUCCGAAGAUAUGCGCACGAUCAUUCUCGAUAGAUGCGACGUGUUCUUUGAAUGGGUCUUGAAUUGCGAAAUUGCCUGGCUUGAUUCGACCGACGCCGGUGCUCCGUCCUUUCCAAGAUUCCCACAUCGGCUGCCACAACCACUUUUCACGGGAAUGGAAUCCGAACCGGAAGCUUGCCUUGAGCUAUAUGCGCUGGGAAAAAGCGUAGAAGAGAUCGCGGAAAGCCGGUUUCUCGACAAAAGACGAGUCCUGAUGGGUAUCAUCCUCAGAAUUUGGGAAGAUCGGAAUAGUAAAGAGGUGUCCCUCGAAACCAUCAUUGCUCAUGUUGAUGUCGACGUGGCGAUGAUUGCGGAAUGUAAGAAUUACCUGAGCCGGCGAGGGGACUCCAAGGUGUCUCCGCCAUGUUUGGUGGAAAAUGUAUUCAUCACCCCACUUGGCUUGGCUUUCGUUCUACUUGUUGUCAAAGCGGAAAUGGAGCAGUGGCCGCUGGAUAUCGACUGGCAAGCUGUUUCCUACCACGAAAUGUCUGAAUCGGAAGUGCGUUUGGUAUGCUUGAGAGCUUAUUUGAUGAUGUUCUUCAGUUGGGCGCUCUAUUUGAAGAAGGCUGUCAAUAUUUCGUCCCUGCGAAUCUCCCUUCCACUUCCAGCCUUGAUGCGAAAAUUAGGCGAGUUGCUGGCUGCUGGUCGAACUUUGCAAUUUAGAAAACUGGCAAUCACCGCUGAAGAAGAAAAAAACGCGCACGCCAGCUUGCGAUAUGCUUUCAACAAGUCAAUGCAAGAACUGGAAAAGAUGAAAUCAGAACUUACUGCACUGGCGGAAAAUUCGGCAAAUGCUCAACGGGCGGUCCUUCAUAGGAUGGAAAUGGCGGGCGACGAGCUUGGCCCACCCAGUACACCGUCUGAGAGGCAACAGAACGAGAAGGAAAUAAGAAGAGUUAACCAGGAGCGCAGUCACCUGGCCGUGUUCGAUCAGGAGGGCGCGAAAGCCACAUUGACGUCGCUCCGCGAGCUGGCGAUUGGCCAAACGGUGUUGGCAAGAAGGGAGCCCCGUGAUAGUUGUCCGUUCGAAACAGCCGUUGUUGAUGAAAUACGGCUUCCUCUCCACUCCUACCUGAUCAAUUUUGGCGAUGGCAAUCGGCAAGUCAUCGAGGUGGCCGAUCUGGCACUCAACCAGCCGGGUGUACACACCCUCUUUUCUGAGGGCCUACGCGUUUGUGCGAAGAUUACGCAUCCAUAUGCCGUGUCAGCCUCGAAACGUGACCGCGUCCAGAACUACUAUUCCGGCGUCAUCUCAAAUCGCCCGGGACUGCACCACAAAUUUCAGUUCCUGAUCUUUUUUGACGAUGACUUUGACGAGUACGUUUCCGGAGCCGACAUACAGCCCAUGUGUUGCCAGCCGAUUUCUAAUGGCGCUUUGAACAAAAUGAUGGCAUCGAGCUUCAUCAGGCAGAACCAAAAGAAGCAAGAAUUUGUCCGCAUGUAUUUCGAGUCUUACCCUGAAUGGAACUUGGCGUUGUUCCGAAAAGCAGACAUUCACAAACGGAUAGCUUGUCGCAAGAGAAAUGGCGAACGAUGGUCGGCUAUUCUGCUUUCGAUCGAUCGGCACAUGUGCACGCUGCGUUUUCCCCCGUUGGGACGAACGAUGGGCGUUGGCGCCAAUUGUGUCGCCAGCCCAUGCCAUGCUCACUUCCACACCGACGAGCGCAUCUACCGCGGCUCGAACAGACUGCUGACAGUGGAGCAAGGAUUGCUGCCUCAAGGCACUCACCCUGGACGUCAUCGCCAUUUGAAUAUGCUGGAAAACGCAGUGCCGGCCCCCACCGCGUUCCCUGACACGGAAAAGACGAAACGCGUUAUGACGGCUCGAAAAACGACACAUGGCAACGCGACCUGCCCAAUCGCAACCAGCAAGGAAGCCGCGGCCUCGCGUGAGCUGGAAAUCAAAAAGAAGAACCAAGCAAAGCUGAUAUACGAGACGUUGACCCCGAGCACAUCGGCGACUACGCAAUUCUGUCCCCACACUUGUAACGCCGAUUGUCUUCAAGUUUCGGCGGACUUGCCGGAAACUCUUGCCGGCCUUAGCCCCUUCUACAUUCCAUUGCUGUUCGGAUGGCGCCGAGAGAAAGUCGAACGCUGCCCGAAGUCGGUGAAAACGGGCGGGAGGGGCCGUCAGCGCAAGCCCGAGUAUAGCAUCCAGUAUACAGCACCUUGCGGUCGUUCGAUGAGACGCAUCGAGGAUAUUGCAACGUUUCUGAGGUUGACCGGCGCCGAGCUGUCCAUCGACAAUUUCACUUACGACAUCAAUGUGCGCGAGUCGUACAUGGCGAGGGCUGAUCCGCAAUACCAAGUGAUGGCCGACUUUUCGCGGGGUGUGGAACAAUACGCCAUCCCUGCCAUCAACUCCGUUGAUAACGAGCCGGUGCCGAAGAUCAAAUACUCGGGCGAGCGCUUUGCUGAAAAUGACGCCGUUGACAUCACGACACUAAAUAAGGAAUGGUGCAGCGGAUGUACGUGUACUGACGACUGCGCGGAUUCGGAACGCUGCGAGUGCCGAAUUUUGACGCGAGAAUCUGUGGAGCGACUGGCGGCCGGGAUUCGACCCGACGACCCAAAAAAUCGCGGCUAUGACCACCGUCGACUCUACGACUUCAUCUACUCGGGCAUCUACGAGUGCAACCAGUUUUGCGGUUGCUCCAGGAAAAGAUGUCACAACCGAGUCGCCCAGCAGCCGAUCAUGGUGCCGCUGCACCUGUUCCGGACGGCGGAAUGCGGAUGGGGAGUGCGAACGCUGUGCGACUUGCCCGAGGGAACGUUCAUCUCCAACUACAACGGCGCCAUCCUCAGCGACACGCUGGCCGAACAGUUGAACCGGGGCGACGAGUACUACGCGGAUCUGGACUUGAUCGACGCUGUCGAGAACUUGAAGCUGAACGGAGGCAUCGAUUUCCUAGAAGACCUCGGGAUGGCCGAUUUGGAGGGCCAAGAAGCGGAUGAACGUGCUGAUGAUGCGCCUUCCGUCGACUCGGAUGGCUACCAAUCCGGCGACAACUCUCCAGAAAGAGGCGGCAGGAAACGACAAAGAAUUGACGGAAGCGUGCCGCCGGAGCAGCCUGAACAGCCAGCUGACGUCGCGCCAGCCUCGGCUCCGGCGGACGCCGUACGUGGAUGGGAUCGAGAUCGAUUUGAAAAAUAUUUUGGCGAUGAUUAUCUUUUCAUCACGGAUGCCAAGGAACGCGGAAAUAUUGGCAGGUUCCUCAACCACUGCUGCGAUCCGAACGUGCGGACGCAGCACACGUUCAUCGAGACGCACGACUUGCGCCUGCCGUCAAUAUCCUUUUACACGAACAGCUUCAUCAAAGCUGGCGAGGAGCUACGCUGGGACUACAAGUAUGCAACCGACGUCACCAAGCCGAUGCGUAUCGCCUGCUUCUGCGGCGCUCAAAAUUGCCGACGCCGUUUACUU